UUAUGGAAGUCGGUGACUGUUAGCCUUGUCCCGAACGGCAAAAAUCCAUUGUCCAAGGAAGUAAAAAACUUUAUAAGCGGUGAGGACAACCCAAGAAACUAUUCUCCGACAGAACACACACAGCGAAGAAGUUGUCUGAAAACCUCUCUAAAACAAAAACAAAAACUGUUGAAAGAUGGCAAGAGAAACUAGUUGUUUGAGCAGAAUCGCUGCCGGAACUGCCAUCGGCGGCGCACUUGGCGGCGCUGUAGGUGCUGUCCAUGGAACUUACCAGGCGAUUAGGUUGGGGGUCCCUGGGCUUAUGAAGAUAAGGUACAUAGGGCAAACAACCAUUGGCAGCGCAGCGAUCUUCGGACUUUUCCUAGGUGCGGGAAGUUUGAUACACUGUGGAAAAUAAGCGUUGUCAAGUUUGUGGUCUUAUGGUGAUCUGAAAAACAUUUAGCUUUUUAUUUGAUGAAUGUUUUGGAUGAAUUGUCUCAUGUGUUUCUGCCGCUAUAUGAAUUAUCAUCUUUUGGAUUUGGUGCUUGUUAUUCGUUCUUUUGCCUACCGUACUCUUGUUAAUGGAAAGAUCAUGUUACAAAUAUCUUAGUUGCAAAAUAAUGCAUAGAAAGUGGAAUUCAAAGAGCAUAUUAUUACUUGUCUUAAUUUUACAACCAUAUGUGCAACAAAAGAAGUUUUAAACAAUGGAAGUUGAUUGAUUAUUUACACAUCCACAUAGGAACAAGAUACUUUGUAACAUCGCUUCCAGCUUUGCUUAUCCUUAGUUCUGGCUGUCCUAGAGAUUACCUGUGUAAUUUCUUUAUCAUCUUCCUAAACUCUGUUUCAGUCAUUGAUGUGAUUAAAAACUAUGGGAGCAUAUGCCUUUCGGUUGGUGUUAUAAGCUUAUUGUAUCCAUAAGCUCUCUGACGCGCUUAAAGAAUAACACCUCCUUAAGAACGUCUAAACAUAAACUUUGAAAUCAAUCAAAACCGUAAAGUGCGUACCUGAGUAUCGUGGCACAUGUUCCCUCCAUGAGAUGCCAUAAACUCAUCAAUCUCUUUAUACACUAUAGUGUUAAGAGCUCAUGCAUUAGUGGCUCUUCCUGUUAAAAUGUUAUCAUACUCUGAUAUAGUGGCGAUGUUAAACUUUAGUAAUGACGAUGUUGUAUUGCGUCUUCCCGGCGAAUUCUCAUUCAUUCACCCAUGCUUGACUUUUAACUAGUGAUGUAGUGAAGCGCGCCAACUUUUUAUACCAUUCGUCCCGGUGAUGAGAGAUUUCCGAUAAACUAACAAAUAAGAUUAUAUCUAAACUUAAAUUUCGUAUCUAGAAAAAAAAAGAAAAAAAAAAGAUCAUAUCUAAAUUUCGUGUGUAUCCAACAGUGUAUAGUACGUAACUAGUUAUAUAUAAGAUUAACCAUAUAUCAAAUUGCAUUCAUAUAUCUUAUACUAGGGCCGGCCCGCCCUACGGGCGGGAAGCUAGAAAAAAAAAUAUUUUAUAUGAAUUUACAUUAAUUUAUGAAGUAUUUUUUUUAAAAAAAAAUUGUAGAUUAAAAAUGAUAGUAUAAACCAAAAAAGAAAUAUCUAAGUAUCUUAAAUUUAGGUUCAAGGAAGUACACUUAAAAAGGGAAAAGUUAACAAACUUGAGACUCAUCCAAUCCACCUUGAAUUAUUAUUUUCUUGCGGUUUUUGCAUUGUCAUAUUUUGGUCAAAUUGGAUUUCAUAGAACCAAGUAGCCACUCGAGAACAAUCUGAUUUCAUCUUAGUCAGAGUUCAAAAACUACACACUAUAACGUGUAAAUAGCUAAAAUAUGUCUGAAUUAUUUAUUUUUUAGCAAGAGAACAUUAAGAUAAGAAAUCUUGAAACAGUUCAAUUUAACUUGCAUGCUUCUCAAGACCAACUAAUGACCACUAUUAGUCUACUAAAGAGUGUGAGUAUGAGUAUGAAAGUAGAUACCUUUUAACCGUACACCACAUGACCAUUAUAGAGCAAAUACAAAUCAUGUCUCAAACUACUUACUUAAGUUAAUCAAAAUGAUAUACAGACAAAAACAGGCACUUUGACUUUAACCACACACCACAUGAACACUCUAUAGCAAACACAAAUCAUGUCUCAACCAAAUGAUAUAAAAAGCCGCACACUUUGAGAACAUGAAUGGGUUCCACCAUAAAAAGCUAAUGAAUUCAAAAACUCAACUCACUUUGAACAGAGCAAUAAUCAUACAUUUUAAAAAAAUUGUUUACUUCAACAAACGUCUCAUAAAACCAUUUAAAAUGGUCUCACAAAUGAAAUGGUAAACAACGCAAAACACAUUGAGCAGAUGAACGGGUUCCAUCAAUAAAAGCUAAUGACUUUCAAAAAGCUAAAAAGGGUUCCUUAAACCACUAUGUAAUUAAGCAACAAUCAAAUAUCAGAUACUUUAUUAUCUACUUUUCUAUAAACGUAAAUAGCGAUUUUGAAAACAAACCAGUUCCUGCAGCUGGAAGGGCCUGCCUAUAGCUCUUGUCUUGCACAUCUCCAGCAGAGAACACACCAACCACACUCGUCUUAGUGGUACCAGGCUUGGUCACCACAUACCCAUCCUCAUCAAGCUCAAGCUGGCUAUCCAAGAACUUCGUUGCCGGCUCAUGACCAAUCGCAAAGAACAACCCAGACAUUUUCAAAUCCGAAACAUCACCAGUAACAACGUUCUUCACCUUCAAACAACCAAACACGCCUUUCUAUGUUGCAUGAUCUUCGUCGCCUUGAACGUACCUCGCCUCCUCCAUCACCGAGUCUCCGCUGCCGAUAACCACCAGAGACUUGUUCCUAAAGAUCGGAGUGGUGCCGUCGCAUACAGCACAUGCCGAGAUCCCCCGUUCCAGAAACCAUCAGCGCCUUCGCCAGAUCCGGCGAAGCUCAGCCGUUUCGCAACAGCUCCGGUUGAGAUGAUGACGGAAUUGGUGCUUCGGCGAGCACCGUUCUUGAAUCGGUGAAGAGCUUGAACAGCCUCGAGGAGAAAUCAACCUUGGUGACCUCUCCGUGAAGAUCUCGGUGCCAAACCUCUCUGAUUGCUUCCGGAACUUGUCGACGAUGUCGAUGCCAAGGAUGCCUAAGGGGAAGUUGGCACUACAAAAAAGUCUACAUUGAUAGCACAUUGUUACGAUACGUUUUACUAAACAAAACUGCUAUCGUAGAUGAUUUAAAAAAUUUCGUAUCAUAUAAUAGCAUUAGAUAAAUGCUAUAAAAGAGUUUUAGUAAGCAGGAACUUAAAAUUAGAUAUUCCGCUAAAUACUUUGUGAAAAUCUCAUCACUAAUCAAUUUUCCUCUCUUUAAUUCUCAUUUUUCCCUCUCUUAAAAAGUAACCACUAAGGUGCAAGUGCGAGGAUCCACUUUCUUUUAACUACAACCAUUGAUUAAAAUAAAUCUAAUGGCCCAAAAUGAACAAAGUGAAAAAUGUGUUCUUCCUCUAUCUCCUACCUUUCCUUUCGUAUUCUCUAUCUUUUUUUUUUCUUUUGAACAAAGGCUUAACUCUAUCUCUUUUCUUAUCUCAUGUUCUUCAUUCUUAAACAAAAUUACCCCAUAAACGAAAUCUGUCACAUCCACCACCAUCACCAUAAUCUCUGUCUCCUCGUUCUCUACCUCCGCUAACGAAGCUGUCUCAGCCACCAUCACCAUAACCUCCGCCGCUGCCACCAUCUUCUUAAUCUCCACCUCCUCGUUAUCGUUCUCCGCUAAUGAACUCUGUUUCAACCAUCACCACGAAAUAUGUCUCAACCACUCUUUUAUCUAUUCUCUUAUCAAAGCUUAUUCUUGUCCAGAUGCAGAUUCAUGAAGAAGAUGGAGUUUUCUCCACCAUGGAUUCAAGAUCUGAUGCGAGUAAUGAGAGAUUGGCUGGAAGCGGAGACAUGAUGAAGCUACGGUGGAGGCGGUGAAGCCGAAGGAGUAGUAACGGAAGUUGGGCUUAGAGAGGAAGAAGAUGACGAAAUUCAUGGUGGUGGUUAGCUGACCGCCGGGAGGCGAGGCUUGAGCUCCUGGCCCAAUGCAUCGAUUCUUCAGGAUUAGGCCCAGACACGCGAUUACACAGUCCAAGCCCACACCAGAGUUAAUGAAACGGUGAGUUUCAUGUUCAGGAUAUGUGGGGCGAUUGUAUGAAGCGAGUUUCCAGGCUGGAUCCGACGUGGCGCAACAGGAGGGACACAAACAUUUUUUUAUAUAUAUAGAUAUUAAAAGAGAAGUCACAACCUUGAUUCAUGUGUGAUUUUUUUUAAAAUGGACCUAAUGGAUUUAUUACUAGAAAAUCAUGUUACAUUUAA